UUUUUUCCCCUCAGGCUCAGUUUUGCACCUCUGUCCACAUUGUCUUUUAACAGAACUGCUGACCAUUCAGGCUGAGAGCAGGACUGCUUUUGUAUACUUUGGAAUGAGAGAUUCACAGCAUGCAAACGCUUUCUUCCCGGCUUCCAUUUAACAUCGGAGUUUCUUGGAUCUGAUUCUUAGUAGGCGGCAGCGUUGUCUCACCCAAACAGCAUCCUCCAGCUUCCCAGGAAUAAGCAGAGAGGUGUCUUCAGCGGAGAGGCGCGAGGAUGAGAGCUCUCGACUUGCUGUUUUUCUUCUUAGCCACAGGCUUGAGGUCGCCAGCUGAAGGCCAGAGCCCAAAGAUAAAGUCCAUGCGAUGUGACAGGAAGUUCACACUUAUGCAACAUACACCUUGUACUUCCUGCCUUUUUGCAAGAAGAGCGAGGUGCCCAAAUGAAUGGAGGAAAGUGCCCUCAGCUGUAGGAGAGUGCAGGUACACAGUAAAGCUGGGUGGGAAUACCCUUUCCCUACAAGGUUGUAGUAACUUAUGUAGCAAGGAAACGGAGGAAAAACAAUGCUGUCGUAAAUUCUGGGGUUCUGGAUGCUACGAAUGCCCUGGUGGAUCUGACAAUGAAUGCAGUGGACAUGGAGUCUGUUUGGAUGGCAUAACAGGGAAUGGAACUUGCAUUUGUGAGGAGGGCUAUGGUGGCUACGCUUGCCAAGAAUGCCGGGAUGAGUUUCAUUAUGGCCCCGACUGUAAAUCUGUAUGUGAGUGCCAGCAUGGAAUAUGCAACCACGGACCUUCUGGUGAUGGAAGCUGUACUUGCUAUGCUGGCUACACUGGUGCAAAGUGCGACCAGGAACGUCCUGUUUGUGGAAAUGUCGUCUGCGAAGCCAACUCCCUUUGCGUAGUGGCGGAUGGGCAGGCAAGGUGUGAAUGUAUGCCAGGCUACAAAAAAAUCGGGAUCCACUGCCAAGCCCAAGAUCCCUGCAGUUCUUCCCCGUGCUCCUCCUUUGCUGUUUGCAAGACUGCUCAGCAGACCAAGUAUGAAUGUACUUGCAAAGAAGGCUAUGAAGGAGAUGGGAGAGUGUGCCAACCCAUAAAUCCCUGUUUCUAUAACAAUGGAGGCUGCCCUGAAAAUUCCACCACCUGUGUUUUCCAGAGUGCAGGAAAGUCAUCAUGCAUAUGUAAGUCAGGAACAACUAGGAGCAGAAUGAAUUGGAGAAGAGAACAGGGUUGUGUUUCCAACUCCAGAUGUAUGCUACACAACUGUGACAAAACCGCAAAGUGUGAAACAGAUCCUGAUGGGACGGUCAGGUGCCUUUGCCAAGAAGGAGAGAUAGGAGAUGGCAUGGCCUGCUAUGGUUCUCUCCUUACGCAAAUCUCUCGGUUGAACACACGAAGAAGUGCUAUCCGUGUACUAGACGAUGCAAUAAGGAUAUUUGAAUUGGGCUGUUCAGUACUUCUGGAAAACUAUGGACCUUUCACAGUGUUUCUUCCAUCCCUUUCUGUGAUCAGUGGGAGAAUAAAUUUCAAUACUACGUAUUCGCAGAAUCUGUGCAAAAUGCUUAUUGUACCCGGGGAACAUGUGUUGAAUGACGCGAGCAACACGAAGGUUCUGUGGACCUUGUCUGGACUGAAAUUGACAUUUGAAUAUUCGAUACGGCGACCCUGGAACUUCAGAUAUUCAGAUAUCCCAGAAGUCUAUACCAUCAGAGAAACAAAUCUGCCGGCUGCUAAUGGCAUUAUACACAUUAUUAACUCCCUAAGGAAAACGCCCACAGAAAACCUUGGAGAUUCUCAGAAAACUGUGGCAGAGAUAAUUGCUUCAAUGGAGAUUGCCAGCCGGUUUGAAACAAUAUUGGAAAAUUGUGAUCUGCCUUCAAUUUUGGAUGGCCCUGGACCUUUCACUGUGUUUGUACCAAGUAACGAAGCAGUGGAUAAGUUAAGAGAUGGGAGACUCAUUUAUCUUUUCACGGAGGGAAUAAACAAGCUUCAAGAACUUGUGAAACAUCAUAUCUACACAAGAGCAGCGGUGCAAGUGGAAAAACUCAUGAUGAUGCCACGUAUCCUGACUAUGGCAAAUCAGAUCCUGGAAAUCCGUGUUGCUGAGGAUGGAAGAAUCUUGUUGGGCGACUCUGAGGUUGCUUUAAACAAAAGGGACAUUUUGGCAUCAAAUGGUGUCAUUCAUACUUUGGAUGGCAUCUUCAUUCCACCAUCAAUAAUCCCCAUUUUACCCCACAGAUGUAACGAGGAGAGUUAUCAACUUGUAGAGGGAUCUUGUGUGGACUGUGAUGCCCUUAAUAGCAGUGUUUGCCCACCUCAGAGCGAAGCUAUGGAGCAUGGAGUGUUUCCAGGAGACUGUGUUUAUAUCCAUGAUCCAUUAGGCGUGAAUGUGAUGAAGAAAGGUUGCAACAAGAAAUGUAACCAAACGAUUUUGACACCUGGUUGCUGUAAAGGGUUCUUUGGUCAUUCCUGCACCCCAUGUCCUGGUGGAUUUACGAAUCCAUGCUAUGGCAGAGGAAACUGCUCCGAUGGGAUUCGAGGAAAUGGCCAGUGUCGCUGCUUUGAGGAUUUCAAAGGAAUUGCCUGCCAUAUCUGUUCAAACCCAAACAAACAUGGGGAGAACUGUGAUGAAGACUGCGGCUGCAUUCAUGGGAUAUGUGACAACAGACCAGGAAGCAAGGGGGUGUGCCAGCCUGGGUCGUGUAAGCCUGGAUAUACAGGGGAAUUCUGUGACCAGAUUAGUAAGAAAUGUGGUAGCUCCUUGCACUGCCAUAAGAAUGCAAUCUGCAGCCUGAAUGACACUGCACGAUGCAUCUGCCAGGAUGGAUAUGAAGGAGAUGGGAUUUCUUGCAAGCCGAUUGAUGUCUGCAUCACGCCAGAACAAGGAGGAUGUUCAGUAAAUGCCAUGUGUACCAGUUCAGGCCCUGGCACAGCAACCUGCCAGUGUAACAGAGGAUGGACUGGGGAUGGAAAGGCCUGUGUUGCCAUUGACAACUGUGUGACGGAGUCCAGAGGAGGGUGCCACGUUAAUGCUGACUGUGACUAUAUUGGGCCUGGGCAGAGCAGUUGUACAUGCAAGAGAGGCUAUUUUGGUGAUGGUUACAACUGUGAUCCCAUUGAUCUUUGCUCCAUAGACAACGGUGGCUGUCAUGAAUUGGCUGUGUGCCUUACUCUUGGUACUGGAGAGAAGGUCUGCCAGUGCUCCAAAGGUUACAUGGGAGAUGGAGUUCUCUGUUAUGGUGAUGUAAUCAAGGAGCUGGCAAGGAACUACCAUUUUUCUUCCUUCUAUGAGUGGAUUAAGGCAUCCCUCUUCAGCCUCCCGGAAGGAGGCAAUGUUACUGUUCUGGUACCAACAAAAGAAGCCAUCCAAAACCUGACCAUGGCUGAGAAACAAUUCUGGCUAGAGCCCAACAUGCUGCCAUCUCUGGUCAGGUCCCACUUCCUCCAAGGUUCUUUUACAACUGAGCAACUCAAGAAAUAUGUCAACCAGGAACUUCCCACUCUUGAUCCCCGGACCAAAUGGAUGAUAAGCAACAGCAGUGAGGCUAUAACUAUUCAGAAUGCAAGCAUCACAUUGGGUGACAUCCCUGCUAUUAACAGCACCAUUUAUAUAAUUGAUAAGGUGCUGUUACCUUCAGUGGACAUACCUCCAAGUGCUCCUGGUCUGCAGCAGCAACUUAGCACCAUACCUUCCUUCACUAAGUUCAAAGAGCUACUAGAGCAAUACCAGUUGAUUGGACAGAUUGAGUCAUCUGAAAAAUACACUAUUUUUGUCCCAGGAAAUAGUUCAAUUGAGGAAUAUUGUAAAGCAUUUAAUAUUUCACAACUCGAUAAUAACAGUGUACGGUACCACAUCAUACUUGGAGACAAACUAUUGUCUGAGAACCUGAAAAGUGGAGUUCACAAAAGUACAAUGUUAGGACCCUCCUACUGGCUGAUGUUUUAUAAGAAUGCCACUCAGGCAUACGUCAACAAAGUCCUUUUGAAGGGUCGUUUUGUUGAAACAAGAAACGGGAUGUUGAUUGAGGUUUCUCAAGUUCUACAAAUUCACAAAAAUCGUUGCAGCACUAACACCACAACAAUACAAAAGUCAAGAUGUACUAAGUGUGACAGAGGGAUCAAGUGCCCAGCAGGAUCAGUGCUUGCGGAAACACCAGGAAGCGGGAAUGUUCGUCAUUGUCUAUAUAAAUCUGGACUUGGAUGUUAUUUCACCUGCGUCAAAGUUUCCUUAGUUUCCGUUUGUUGUCCAGGUUACUAUGGACACAUGUGUGAGAUGUGCCCAGGAAAAGCAGGCAACUGGUGUUCUGGAAAUGGAGUCUGCCAGGAUGGCAUUCAGGGCAGUGGAGAGUGCCAGUGCCAAGAAGGUUACCAUGGCACAGCCUGUGAGAUGUGCCAGCCAGGAAGAUAUGGAACCCAGUGCAGAUCAGAAUGUGACUGCAAACAUGGAAGAUGCCAUGAUGGGCUGCUGGGGGAUGGAAGUUGUACAUGUGAGCCAGGCUUUGAAGGAGUCCAUUGUGACCAAGAAAUUGGAAUUGACCUCUGUAAUCAUACUUGCGAUGUUCAUGCCAAUUGCAUCAAUGCUUCUACCAUUUCUCAACCCACCUGCUUCUGUACCGCUGGAUAUACUGGGAAUGGAACCUAUUGCACAGAAAUUGAUCCCUGUGCUAUAGGUAAUGGCGGUUGCUCCCCACAUGCUGACUGUAAUAAAGUUGCCCCUGGUGAAAGAACCUGCACUUGUAAGACUGGCUAUGCUGGAGAUGGGACUGUGUGUCGGGAAAUUGAUCGCUGUCUGGAGAACAAUGGAGGAUGUCACCGGUAUGCAGAGUGUGUUAAAACAGGUCCAGGUUUGGUCGCCUGUAAUUGCAUCCCCAACUACAGUGGUGAUGGGAUUAACAAGUGUGAACCCAUAGAUCCUUGCAAGGAGAACAAUGGAGGCUGCAGCCCACUGGCCAUCUGCCUUAGCAACCGCAGUGGGAAUCGAACCUGCAUCUGUCAUUUGGGCCGUGGGGAUGGAUUUACAUGCACAAGGACUGUCUGGCAGGAGCUCAGUGCAAGGGAAGCUGGAGCCCAGUUCUCUCACUAUGCACAGGCCUAUGAUGUUCUCGAGAUGAUGGGAUCUGGACCCUAUACUGUUUUUGUCCCGACUGUUGGUUACAGGCAGGAUAGCACCACAUUUUCAGAAUGGAAAAAUAAGGGUUUCAUCCAAGAUUUGCUUCGCUAUCAUAUUGUCAGUUGCCAGAAGCUACAGUCAGAUGACUUGGAGUCACAAAGUUACAUCACAGCUUUAUCUGGACACCAAAUAAAGAUUUCUGUGAAAGAGAACAGUGUGUAUUUAAAUGAUGAGGCAAAGAUGAUUGAAAGUGACAUUAUUGGAACAAAUGGCGUCCUACAUUUCAUUGAUAAGAUCUUAACCCCAUAUGAUUUGAAAAAUCACAGCAUUGCACCCAGCUUAUCAAAGAAAACCAUCACAGAGGUUGCAGAGGCUUAUGGAUACAAAACAUACAGCAGGCUUCUACAGGAGACAGGGCUCCUUAGUCUUGUUAACAAUAGCGUUCAUCAGCCUUUCACCAUGUUGUGGCCUACGGAUGCGGCAUUUAACUCCCUUCCUACGAAAAUGCAACAAUGGCUGUAUCAUAAAGAACACCGGAACAAGCUAUCUGCUUAUCUCAAAGGACACAUGAUCAGAGACUUGCGGGUGUCAGCUUCUAAACUAACCGAGUCGGCUCCCGUACGGACACUGCAUGGUUCAACCAUCUCAUUUAGCUGCAGCAAAACAAAUGUUGGGGACAUUCUGGUGGACAACGGCAAUGCAAGGAUUGUACAGAGAUAUAUGGAGUUUAACGUGGGUAUUGCUUAUGGUGUUGAUCAGUUGCUGGAGCCUCCAGACUUGGGAUCACGUUGCGAUGAGUUUCAAACUACUGAGGUUUCGAAUACUGUAUGUGGCAUUUGUGGUUUUGAGCGUCCUUGUCCUCCAGGGUCCCAAGAAUUGGGGGACGUCCAGAGUUGUUUGUAUCAGAGAGGUCCGUACAUAAGCCGUCCAUUGAAUGGACAUACUAGCAGGAGGCCUUAUUGGUUUCGGGAGGCACAAUGGAGCCCUGUACAAAGAUAUGAGGGGAUCAGAUGGUCUCCUCUUGGAAGCAGUUUGAUAAAGGGAUGCAAGAGAACCUGCUUUGCCACCAGGUGGAUUCCACAGUGCUGUGCCAAUCACUAUGGAAGAGAUUGCCAGGUGUGUCCUGGUGGGCUGGAGGCCCCGUGCAACCAUCGUGGUACCUGUGAUGACGGGCAGGGAGGCUCAGGACAGUGCAGCUGCAAUGCGACCUUCAUGGGGACAGCUUGUGAGCACUGCGCCCCAGGCCACUAUGGGCCGGAGUGCAAAGAAUGCAAUUGCACAGAGAAUGGGAUAUGCAACGAAGGGCUGCAUGGGGAUGGAUUCUGCUUUUGUUUCGCAGGAUGGGUUGGAGAGCACUGUGAAAUCCCACUAGCUGCAGCGCCCCAGUGUUCCCCAGCUUGCCAUCCUAAUGCUGUCUGCCGAUCCAACAAUACCUGUGAAUGCAACCUACAUUAUGAGGGGGAUGGAUUGAUGUGCACAGUGGUGGACCUGUGUGGAACUGACCAUGGGGGCUGCAGUGAGCAUGCCAACUGUACCCAGGUUGGAACUGAUGUUUCCUGCAGCUGCUUCCCAGACUAUCAGGGCGAUGGCUAUGUCUGCAGCCCAAUUGACCGAUGUGCAGAUGAAUGGAAUGGAGGCUGCAGUGAGCAAGCCAUUUGCAUCAGCACGGGUCCUAAUGCUCGGCGGUGCGAGUGCAAAGCUGGCUAUGUGGGAAAUGGAAUCCAGUGCCUAGAGGAGGCCAUCCCACCCACAGAUCGUUGCUUGGAAAACAACGGGCAAUGCCACGCUGAGGCUGUUUGCACAGACCUGCAUUUACAUGACAAAACUGCUGGAGUCUUCCAUUUGCAGUCUCCCAAAGGAAAAUACCUCUUAAGCUAUGAAGAGGCUGAAGCCGGCUGUACAGCUGAGGGAGCUACUUUGGCCACCCUUCAGCAGCUGUCUGCUGCACAGCAGAUGGGUUUUCACCGGUGCGUAGUAGGCUGGCUUUAUAACUGGACCGCAGGUUACCCAACUGUGUAUCCAAGUAAGAAGUGUGGCAUUCACCAUGUUGGGAUUGUGAAUUAUGGCUUCCGGACUAAUAUCAGUGAGAGAUGGGAUGCCUACUGCUACAGAGUACAAGAUGUACAAUGUGACUGUAGGGAUGGGUUUAUUGGAGAUGGCUAUACAUGCAUAGGGAAUCUUUUGGCUGUGCUGGGCCAUCACGCCAACUUCUCAGUCUACUAUUCUAUGAUCCUGGAUUACGCCAAUGCUACCCAGGAAGGAGCAGAUUUUUUUGAUUUCCUGCUCACAGACACGACAUAUAAAACCCUUUUUGCACCCCUGAACUCCGGCUUUGGGGAUAACGCUUCGUUGACACUAAAUGACUUGAAGCUUCAUGUAUCUGUGAGUGAUGUGCCCCUCCUGAGUGUCAAUCUCACCGCUGGCACCAUUAUACCUUCCCAAGCAGGAUUCAACCUUUCCAUUGCAGACUCUGUGAACAACACCCGGCCCCCAGUUGUGAAUCCUGUAAAAUCUCCUGCUGCUGUGACCAUCGGUGUGAGCACAGUUGCCAUAGUGCUGCUAUUGAUAACUAUUGCUGGAUUGUCCUAUUUCUACCUCAAAAGAACAAACCAAAGAUUCCAGUUUCGCUAUUUCAAGGCUGAACUAGAGGAUGAAGAGCCUUCUUCCUGGGAAGAAAGGAGCCCAAACUUGGUCUCUAUUCCAAACCCCAUUUACGGAGCAGACAGCUCCAUCUAUGACCCAUUUGAGGAUUCUCUGCAUAGAGAUGAUUUUUCCGAUACCCAUGGGAUUCUUGGACAUUAUUGA